AGAGCGACUGUUGUCACCAGCUUCAUCAUCCUCAUCACAACACUACACUAACACAAUGGGUCUGUAAUGUCAGCGGCGGCGGCGGAGAGCGGAGCAUCUUCCUCCCCGGAGUGACCGAGCAGUGGAUGGAUUUCAUGAUGAUGAAAAAGAAGAAAUUCAAGUUCAAGGUGGAUUUCGAGCUGGACGAGCUCUCGUCGGUCCCCUUUGUCAACGGCGUGCUCUUCUGUAAAGUGCGGCUCCUGGACGGGGGGUUCUCCGAGGAGUCCUCUCGGGAGCCAGUGCAGGCUAACUGUGUUCGAUGGAAGAAGAGGUUCUCUUUCCCCUGCAAGAUGAGUGCCAGUGCAGGAACAGGCGUCCUGGACCCCUGUGUGUGUCGAGUGUCAGUCCGAAAGGAGCUGAAGGGUGGGAAGGCAUAUGCAAAGCUUGGAUUUGCAGACCUGAAUUUGGCAGAGUUUGCUGGCUCAGGGAAUACAACCCGCAGAUGUCUGCUGGAAGGCUACGAUACCAAAAAUACUCGUCAGGAUAACUCCAUUCUCAAGGUUAUCAUCAGUACACAGCUCAUGUCAGGGGACCCCUGUUUUAAAACGCCUCCCUCCACAGCCACGGUGAUAGGGAUCCAGGGUGAUGGAGAGAGCCUUCUGGAAGAGAGGAGAGGAGGAGACUCACAGAAGGCCUGCACUGAAAGUCGAGAAGGGAAGUGUACCGCUGUUCCUGAUGAGCUCGGGGGCUGCGGACACUCUCGAACCUCCAGUUAUGCCAGCCAGCAGUCCAAACUCUCAGUAUGUUUUAGGGCACAUGCUAACGGCUACAGCACAGGUCACUCCCGCUCCUCCAGCCUGUCUGAGUUCAGCCACCGAAGGAACCACUCAGUCGGCAGCGCCUCCACGGGCAUCGGCAGCAUCCCAGAGCCCUGCGAGGACCGGGACCGGGAGAACAGGCCCUGUCCCGCCGUGCCUGAACACCCGGUCCCCAUUGAUGCCGCCGCCGCCGCCGCCGCCGCCACUAGCAACCCAGCAGGCACGCCGGUGCGGAGCGCCUCGUCCUGCGAGCGACUCAACAGACACCCGGUGAAACAGGACUCCAUGGAGUCCCAGCUGAAGAGAAUGGACGACACGCGGGUGGAUGCUGAUGAUGUCGUGGAAAAGAUUCUCCAAAGUCAAGACUUUACACCCAGCCUACUAGACUCCAGCGCUGAGGAGGAGGGCCUGCGUCUGUUUGUUGGCCCCGGGGGAAGCACGGCCCUCGGAAGCCAUCACCUUCCCACGAGGGUUGGUGGUGGAGCAUACGAGCAGGUGGUGAUGAAGCGUUAAGCCCCGCAGCCUCCCAGAGAUGGACAGACUUCACUUAACUCCAGAACCCAGGAACGAGGCUGUGUAUUUGAAUCUUUGUCGGAGCAGCAGCUCACGUGUGUGAUCGGCACCAUGCCUAACCAGACCACUCAGUGCAGCGAGGACAAUGUUACAACUGCGCCCUCUUGUGUCCUGUCUACUAAGUGAACUGUCGCUCCAUGGGCAGAGUUCAAAAGCAAGAGGUGGACAGUAAUCUCAGCCAGAACAAAGUGUUUUGACCCACGGCAAGUAAAACACCUCAGCCAGUAUGUUUCUAAAGUUCACCAUGCAUGUGUGGCACCCCUCCCUCCUGACAGUAGUGUGCACUUCUGUUUUUCUUCCUGGGUGUUUAUUAUCCUGGUGUUUUUAAUGUCAGCUGUGUCACCUGGCCUCCACCUCCGGUCUGUUUGAAAUGGUUAGAAACUGGAAAACAUCAUCAUUUCUUCACCAACAGAGAACAGGUGGAUGAAUGAAGUGAAAUUUCCCCGACCUCCCGAGGAGUUUGCCGAGCUUUUUCAAAACAUUCCAUAGUGAUCCGUUUUGUCUUCCGGUGAUGUCCUCCUUUGUUUUUAAACUGCCUUUUUUUUUUUUUUUUUUUUAACAUAGAUUUUGUUCUAUUUUAUGUUCAAAAGUAAGCUGCUCUCUAACACCCACUGGUGUUUUUAACAUAAUGGAAGAUAUUUUGCUACAGACAUAAGGCAUCAGAGCUAUUUGUGAUAUGUUGUGGGUAUGCAUGGGUGUGUGAGUGAGUGAGUGAGUGGUCGUGUUUGCUAUGUGGUAAGACCACUUUGUUUUUUUUAUUUUUAAUUAGUGAUAACAGUAAUGCUGUGGGAUGAAUGAGGGACUAUAAUAUGAAAUGACCUCUUGUUGUCCUGUUUUUGUAUAGAUGUAAUGGGAGAACAGUUUGCCUACUUGUAAUCAUGUGAUAAAUCUCACAUCCUGGUUGGUACACUGUUUCAACAUCAGUUUUAUGGUAGGAAAUUCUGCAGCCCCGGUGCUGCAUGUGGAAGAGGGGGACAUCUACAGUGACUACCGCUGUUAAAAAAAAAAUACACUAAAAGUUCACACAUAUGAGUGAUCCUGUGACUACUGCAAGAAUGUGACUCUGUCCCACUGAUGCGUACCGUGUAGUUUUGUUUCAUGUCAGCUGUGUACAGUGAAGGACUGGUUAAGUAAUCCACUGCCAUUAGAAUCUACAUAAUGCCGAGUGUAUUCAAAAGCACCAGAGUAAUACUGUGAGAUGGGUGUGUUUGACUCCGGGCAGCAUAUCAGAUUCAAGAACUUUUUUUUUUUUAAUUCAACAAUCAGAGCCGCAGACAGAAAAGUCAUCAGUGACUCAAAACGUCUAUUUUGCCUUUAAGUGUACCACAGCAGUAAAAACAACAAAACAAAACAAAAAAAAAAAAACUGCUGUGACAUUGGACUCGUGACAUCAUGCUUGUUGAAUAUUUGCGUUUCUAAGCUAAUAGCAAAUAAGCAUACAGUUUAUUAGACAGGAAGUCAGCAUGAGUGCACAACCCACUGUUAAUAUCUGGAGCCAAGUCAGGCACGGUAAGAAGUAUUUAGAAAAAAAAAAAAAAAAAAUUCAGCAAUUCACAACAGACCGUGCAUUACUUGUAACCUUGUGUGUCUCUGUCAUAAGCCAUAGUGGAGGCAGCUAUACUUGCCUCUUUAAGAUUAACUAAAUGGAAGCCAAUACCUGCACAAGUGUCAUUAAUGUACGGUAUUAUAACUGUAAAAUGAGUGUUCUCAGUUUGUGUUUGUAUGAUUUGUGUCUGCAUGAUUUAGAAGUCCUUUUGUUAGUUGAAUAGCUUUGACUCUAUAUUGCCAUCACAUUUGUAGGAUAUCACUGUGUUUUCAGGAGCGUUCUCCGUUCAUUUAUUGAUAUCGUGCCGCCUUUUAUUCUCAAUAUUUCCGUAUUCAGAAGAAACUCAAACCUAUCUAGUUUAGGAGUUAAUUUUGUUCUCAUUGCUUAUUUGAGACCUUCAAUGUGUAGUAAAAGAUUUUCUGCUACCAAAUAUCAAACUCUUGGAGUUUUGUUGAAAAACAUAAAACGAAAGUUAAAUGUAUUUUUUUGUUUUUGAUUUAAAAAAAAAAAAAAAAAUCACUUGUUCUACCUGUGUGAGGCGGGUAGUUGUUCACCUUGGUACCUAACAUGUUGUUACAAACAUGGUUGCUUCUUCUCUUCUGUGAAGCUGUGCUUAUUUGGAGCUGUAAAAUGUAUUCUCCUGUAAAGUGACGUUUUUCUUCGCUGUCUUGACAGUGUCUAGUCCCAUGUUUCCUGUUGCAGACUUAUCCUUCUGACCAACAUUUGCUUCCUUAACAGGUGUACUGUAUGCUUUCAAUGUGUACCUUGCACUGUUGAAUAAAAUAUACACUUAAAAAUCU